AUGGCGGAUCAGAACGCUGUCAAGGAGGUUGAGGCCUCCAUGGCCAAUCUCCAGCUUGAUUCAGUCACUGGCGAAAUGGUUUCCAAGUCAGAGCUGAAGAAGCGCCUCAAGCUCAGGGAGAAGGAGGCCAAGAAGAAGGAGAAGGAGGCCGCUGCUCCCCCCAAGGCCCAGAAGAAGGUGUCCGCUGAGGAGGAGGAGGCGAACCUGACUCCUAACCAAUACUUCGAGAUCCGUAGCAAGAAGAUCCAGAAGCUUAUCGAAUCUAAGAAUCCCGACCCCUACCCCCACAAGUUCCAGGUCACCAAUGAUCUGCGCGAGUUCCUGAAGGAGUAUGACGGCCUCAAGAAGGGCGAGCAGAAGCCCGAUACUCCCGUUCGGAUUGCCGGCCGCAUCUAUACCAAGCGCACCUCCGGCCCUAAGCUUAUCUUCUACGAUGUUCGAGCCGAGGGCAAGAAGGUCCAGGUGAUGUGCCAGGCUCAGAACGCCGCUGGCAGCGUGCCAUUCGAGGAGCAACACGAGCAUCUCCGGAGAGGUGAUAUUGUCGGCAUUGUCGGCUUCCCCGGUCGCACGUCUCCCAAGAACCGAGAUGAUGGUGAACUGUCUAUCUUCGCCACCGAGGUCAUUCUCUUGGCCCCGUGCUUGCACGCCAUUCCCUCCGAGCACUACGGCUUCCAGGACAAGGAGCUGCGUUUCCGCCAGCGCUACCUGGAUCUGAUCAUGAACGACAGCAGCCGUGAGAUUUUCCGUACUCGUGCCAAGAUUGUCAGUUAUAUCCGCAGCUUCUUGGACAGCCGUGACUUCACCGAGGUCGAGACUCCCAUGAUGAAUCAGAUUGCCGGUGGAGCGACCGCCAAGCCAUUCAAGACCUACCACAACGACUUGUCAAUGGAUAUGUUCAUGCGUAUUGCCCCAGAGCUUUACCUGAAGAUGCUUAUCGUCGGUGGUCUCGAGCGUGUUUAUGAAAUGGGCCGCCAGUUCCGCAACGAGGGCAUUGACCUUACUCACAACCCGGAAUUCACCACUUGCGAGUUCUACUGGGCUUACGCUGAUUAUGCGGACGUCCUCCAGAUGACGGAGGAGAUGGUCUCCGGUCUGGUCAAGCAUGUGACUGGUGGCUACGAGACUAAGUUCACGACCCAGUCUGGCGAGGAGUACAAUAUCAACUGGAAGGCUCCUUGGCGCCGAAUUGAGAUGAUCCCUGGCUUGGAAGAAGCCACCGGUGAAACCUUCCCUCCUGGAGACCAGCUCCACACCGCUGAGACUGGCGAAUUCCUCAAGCGGGUGCUCAAGAAGAUGAACGUGGACUGCUCGCCGCCAUUGACCAACGCCCGCAUGCUGGACAAGCUGGUUGGCGAGUUCCUUGAAAGCACCUGCAUUAACCCGACCUUUAUCAUGGGUCACCCGGAGAUGAUGUCGCCUCUGGCCAAGUAUCACCGCAGUAAGCCUGGUCUGUGCGAACGUUUCGAAGCCUUCGUUGCCACAAAGGAGAUUUGCAACGCAUACACUGAGCUUAACUCAUCCUUCACUCAGCGCGAGCGAUUUGAGGAGCAAGCACGCCAAAAGGAGCAGGGUGACGAUGAGGCUCAGCUCGUUGACGAGAACUUCUGCACUGCCCUUGAAUACGGAUUGCCCCCUACUGGUGGCUGGGGCAUGGGUAUUGACCGCCUUGUCAUGUUCCUCACCAACAACUACAGUAUCAAGGAGGUGCUGGCCUUCCCCAUGAUGAAGGAAGACAAGACUUCGGAGCAUGGCAAGCCCACUGUGGACGGCGCUAGCAGCCAGCCCCAGCCCGAGGAUGGCAAUCGUAUGUUGUUAGUUUCUUGCAAUUUCCAUGAGCCGGUCUCACUAACCUUGAACCUACAGCCAACAAAUAAUUGA